UGCCAAGUUUGCGGUCGAGGGAGGAUGAGUGACGGUGGGCCGGUUAGUGAUUUGCAUGGCUCCGGUGUUUAAAAGGAGCUGCAGGUGCAGGAUUCCCUUCACAGAGGGGUGGAUUUGGUUCAGCACACACUGGGACCUUUCAUGCUGCUUUAAGCGCAUGUGAUCAAGCAGAUAUCCAGAACGGCUCCCAAGUUCGAACAGAUUCUGUCUUACUGGGAUCAAGAUGAAGGACGUGUGGCUCUUUUUCACGGAUCAUCCUUCAAGCUAAAGACCAAGGGAGGAGGAACAGACUGAAAACCACCUACGACAUGGAGACAUUCCUAUUAGCCGGCAACUGAAGCGCACCGCCGUUCACCAUGUGGAUGCAGGUAUUCACGCUGCUCCUUCUCUGGGCUUCCAGGGUCACAAAGACCACGGCGGACACGCGGAGACAGUGCACGGAGUUGCUUCCCUUGGAUCUUCUGUCUUUUGUUCUUGAGAGGGACACCUCCAGGGUUGUCCCUGGGGUGCAGGUGAAGCAGUCAGCUGGGGUGAAGGGGGUCCAGUUCCUCAGUCCGGACACAUCCAUGAGCUUCCCUGCCUCCCAGCUCCUGGUCAACUGUGACCUUUUCCCCAAAGAGUUCUCCAUCGUUGCUACAGUAAAAGUCAACCGCAUCACACAAAAGAGAGAUGAGUAUAUCUUUUCCCUGGUGGGACCAACAAAAGCGGAGAGGAGCUCAGUGGAGGAUCAGGAAGAUGUACUGGGAGGGAAAAAUAUUUCAGAAGAUGAGCAGCGGGCGAAGAGGAACGAAACCAAGCGUGACGAGAAAAGCGGAGGGAUCGUCCUUGGACUGAAGUUAUCCCGGAAUGGCCUACACUUUGUUUUCAAAGGUCACGGAAAAUCAGCAGAGCACUGGAGCUUGAAAGGCAUCCAUCUAACUCCUAACCAGUGGCACACGCUGGUUGUAGUUAUAGGCCUUCACCACAUGAAGCUGAUAGUGGACUGCAACUCUCCACUGGAAAUUGUCCCCUCCAGGGCUUUCCCCUCAGAUCUCAUCCUUCAGGGAUCCAGAUUCCACAUUGGCAGUCGGGGCAGAUGGAAGGGCUUGUUCUCAGGCCUGAUGCGACAACUGGUUCUCGUGUCAAACUCAGAUGCCUCUCAUCAGAUCUGCCCGUCUUCUGACCCCCAGCUCGCGGCUUUGUCAGUUCCACCUCUGCUCUUAGACCUGCCAGUCAGAAGGAGGCAGAAUGACAGACAUGCGACUUCCUUCGGAACUGCGGGACGGCUGUCGGUGGGGUUGGAGAGGCCGUGUUCGGAGUCGCUGCGGGGCCAGCUGUGGUUUAAUCCCCUCAAAAAGGGCCUCUAUGUCUGUGACGGCUCAGCGUGGAUCACUGUGUUGGCGGACCAUAAAAGACUGGACUAUGUUUUGGAACAUCAGGUCCUUAUCACCAGCUCCGAGACACAUGACAUAGAGGUGUUUCAGAUACCAGGCAUGGGUCUCAUGGCUGCUAUGGCUCAAAGAUCCUCAGCAUCUGGCUCAGCCGUGUAUCUCUGGACCCACUUGGGUUUCCAGCUCUACCAGAACAUCAGCACUCAUGGAGCUCUGGCGUGGAAGCAUUUCCAAAUAGGAAAGAAGGCAUAUCUCGUAGUGUCUAAUUCUGGGACUGGAACAAACAAAUCUUUGGACAGCGAGCCUGACACUGACUUUUCUGUCAUUUAUAAAUGGAGCAAAAGAAGGAAACGGUUUGUGAGGUUCCAGACUCUGCAGACUUACUGUGCUCGAGACUGGGAGGCUUUUACCAUCAAUGAACAGACCUAUCUUGCUGUGGCCAAUCACAGAAUGGGAAACAAUAAUCACACCAUCAACAGUGUGAUUUACAAGUGGAACAGAUCAACAAAGUCUUUUGAGGUCCACCAGACACUGAUCACUUCGGGGGCUUAUGACUGGGAGUACUUCAGAGUUGGACCGUACCAUUUCCUGGUGGUUGCAAAUGCUUUCGACGGCAUGACCACUUCUUUGGACUCCGUCAUCUACGUUUGGAUCGACGGAAGAUUUCAAGUGUUCCAGAAAAUCAAGACGUUCUGCGCCACAGACUGGGAAAUGUUCCAGAUUGGCACCAGAGUAUUUCUGGUUGUGGCCAAUGGACACCGACUUCAGGGUAACGGGCCCAGCCAGUACACCAUCAACUCAACCAUCUAUGAGCUGGACAUGAGCGCACGGCUGUUUGUUCGCUUCCAGGAUAUCGUUACCUACAGUGCAGUGGACUGGGAGUUCUUCCGCCUGGGGGAAGAAUAUUUCUUGGUUGUUGCUAACUCCUAUAACGGCGAAUCCUACUCUCUCAACAGCAUUCUUUACAGGUGGCAGGGAUAUGAAGGCUUUGUUCCUGUUCACUGGCUCCCAACGAUUGGGUGCAGUGACUGGGAGUUUUUCAGCUCUAAUGGAGACUCCUUUCUGAUCUACUCCAGUGCCAAAGCGCCUCUCUCCAAAGUUUUCAAGCUCAAGACCUACUAGAAGAAAACAUUUGCAAAUGGCUUUGUGCUUUCAGUGUUUGUGUAAUAUAUUGUGUUCUUGUGAAUAUUGGAAUAUCUGUGUAUACUGAAAGAGUUUGUAGUUUUAUAAAAACAUAAUUUACCUGACAAAUGGUUUAAUAAAAACAACUUUACCAAGGCUUUUGCCUAUGUAAUUUCAUAAAGUGAUAAAUCUCCAUAUACCUUACAAAAACUAGCAAUGGCACAUUAUCCCAAUUUAACACAGCAAUGAUGUAGAUUUUUUUGUAUGAAUAUUCUGAGAGAAGCAAAUGCAACUCAAGCCCCCAAAAUAUUAUAACAUUUCUGUAAGAGAGUUUAUAUUCUGUCAUUUGAUUUUAUAUUUGUAUUUAACUUUUUAAUAACUCAGAUGUGUUUCCUAAUGGAGUACCUUCAUGGGAGACAAAACUAUUGAAAAGCAUUGAAAAAUGCAUUAAUUUGCAAGUAUGCAACCAUACAUGUUGUUUCAUUCUUAUAUUUAUAUGUAUUUUAAAAUAUAUUAAAGAAAUAUAGUUUUGUUAAAUGUAAGGCAUACAUAAAAUAUAUUUACAUUUGAGAGUUCUGCAUUUAUUUAUUGCCUUUAUAUGACAAUGUAUUUAGUCUUCUACUGAUAUAUAAAUAUAUCACUGUAUUUUGUUUUACCUCUCCUUUAAUUUCCAAAUGUUUAUUUUUUUGUCAUUCUUCACAGAUUUGUAAAUAUAGAUGUAAAAAAAAGAUUUUAAAUAACCUCCACAAAGGUACAUACAUAUAAGGCACACUUGUUAGGUUGCUUUUUGCUUUGUUUAAGUCACUUAACUGUGAUGUAUUGUGUCGCAAUAAACUCGACUGCAGUUU